AUGGUCAAACACACAAAGCACACCAAAACUCAUAAGAUGAUACCAAAUAGCAACAAAAUCAAAACCAACAAGUCUGGAGUUAAGGGCGUACAAAAGCCAAGGAAGACCAACAAGAAGGGCACCUCAAAGCAAAACAAUAAGAGAACCCACAAGAAGAAGAAUACUACAGUAGUUCAGGGCACACUAAACAACGCUCUCAUUGAAAAUAUUAUUCACAAGAUUCAACAAUCCGAACAAGAUGAAUUUGAUCCUAAUGAAGACUUGGCAGAAAUUCGGAAAUCAAUUGAACAAUAUCCCCUCCCUUCAUGUUGGGUGGAACUUUCAAAUUAUAGUGAAGAAAAAACUGUCUUCUUUAGGUACACUGUAGAGUCGCUUGGUAUCAAGUUAUCUGAAAAGCAAACCAUUUACUUUCAAGAAUCAAAUUUAUUUAAGUUCUGUAUGGAUCAUCUAACUAUUCUUGCAGACAAGAACACCAAAAAAACUGAAAAAAAGAAGGCCUUGGAAGACUUGUCUGAUUUGUUGGGAGUAACCAAAAAGAUAGAACUAUUGUCCAACAUACUUUUUAGAACGUUAUCACCAGAAGAGUGUACAUCCCAAUUCUGUAACAGCCCUUCAGAGAUGGCUUGUAGUGCAUCCUAUUGCCAGCCUCUUUUUGAAUUUUGUGCACUUUUUGAUAAUUGUUACAGAAACAUGAACGUCAGUAUUAGAGAGUACACAAUGCUACCCGAAUCUCUGAAGUUUAUGAGAAAUAUUAUUGGAACUCUAAAACCAGAUGAUGUGGCCUUUCAUAAACCUGGAAAACGUUAUUACAUUUCUAUGUUACGAGAAGACAAAGUAACACCUUGUAAACAUCAUUUAGAACACCCAGAUUUACCCAAAUUGGCUUUGAUGUGCCGAAUUUCUCACUCCUUUUGUAUGCGUGAAUUGCUUAGCGAUAUUCAAGAACCGUGGUAUAAAGAUAUUGCCACCAUUGGAAUAACCACCGACAAAGAAAAAGCAAAUGUGUAUGCAGUAUCAACAGAUAUUGCAACGACUAGGAGACGAAACUGUAAGCUUGAUUAUUCAAUAAGAUAUUUAGGUACAUUUUACCACAACCAAAUCACACACAGGAUUCAAUUAAUUGCUCUCAUUUUGACAGCCAUGAAGAAUCUUCAUCAUCAAGAAAUGGUUGCAUAUUUGAGAACCAAAAGUGUCACUUCUAACAGUACAAUAGGGUCUGCUGAGAAAUCUUUUAAGAAGAACCUCGAAGUUCGCAUUGGACGAAAUUGCUAUAAUAUUAGUAUAGGCAAAACAAUUUCAGAUAAUAAGAACAAACUUGUUAAAAUGGGUAACUUAAAAUUGGGCCCAAACGAGGAAUUGGAAAUCAUUCUCAAAAGAUGCACUUUCACAGAAAAAUACAACAUAGAUAUUGCAAGCCAAGAAAUGAGAACAUUAUACUUUUCAAUUAGCUCAGAAGACCAUUAUAUACUUAGCUUGAAAGGCAACCCUUUACCCUUCAACUUAUCGAUUGAAGAACUGAUAACAAUGACUUGCCAUAUUUUAUGCCAAAUCUCGAUACUGGAAAGCAAUGGAUUGAUUCAUAACGAUGUGAAACAAGGAAAUAUUGUGAUACAUGACGAUCAUUACUUUCUUAUUGAUUUUGAAAUAUCCAACCUUCAAUAA